ACCGAGUCAAGCCUAAGUUUGUUGGCUUGGCUUUUUCAUAAGCCCAAGCUUUCUAUGAUCACCAUAUCACUCUGUAGUCCAAUCCAAUUAAACAUAUAUUAUUGUAUUACUCCUUAUUAUUACUACUAUUCUUCUAUAUAUAUAUAUGUAUCCUUUGCAUCCUUUGCAGGAGGCAAUUAAAUCAAAUCCAAUAACUUUCUACUAUCCAACCAUCAUCUAAAUUAGUCAAAACAUUUUUAUAUCUCAAUUUCAAUAUAUAUUCAAAAUGAUGCGUAACGUAAGUAGUAGCUCCAACUCCACAAAAGGUAUCGCGGCCAUUGUUGGCGUUGGGCCCAAUUUAGGCCGAUCGAUAGCUAGAAAGUUUGCUCACGAAGGAUACACUGUUGCUAUCCUCGCUAGAGACUUGGGCAGAUUAUCAAGAUUUGCCGAUGAAAUUGCGAGGGAAGAGAAAGCGCAAGUAUAUGCUAUACGAAUUGAUUGUUCUGAUACGCAAAGCGUAAGAGAAGCAUUUGAAGGCGUUUUGUCGUUGGGUUUUGUAGAGGUUUUGGUCUACAAUGCUUACCAACCUAUUCCUUGGCAAUACGGCGGUCCAUCCAAUUUCUCUGAUAUUCGUCUCGAUUCUUUUCAAAAAUCAUUAGCUGUUUCUUCUGUUGGUGCUUUCCAUUGUGCGCAACAGGUGUUGCCGGGAAUGGUAGAAAGAGGAAAAGGGACCAUUUUAUUCACCGGAUGUGCUGCUUCAUUAUCCGGCGGUGCUGGAUUCUCUGAAUUAUGUUGUGGUAAAUUUGCGCUAAGAGGAUUAUCCCAAUGUCUAGCUAAAGAAUUUCAUCCACUCGGAGUACACAUAGCGCAUGUCAUCAUCGACGGUGUAAUUGGCACAUCUCGGGCAAUAACAAUGCCUCAAAGAUUGUUGGUUGGGGAACAACAGAGUGUAGCAGGGGACGGAUCGAUGGACCCUGAUUCGGUGGCUCAGACCUAUUGGUAUUUACACAUUCAGCCUAGAGCCGCUUGGACCCAGGAAAUAGAUGUUCGCCCACCCAACCCCAGAUUCUUCUAAAAAGUUGCAGCAUCCGUAUAAUUUGUAUAUUUCUUUCCUCUUUUUUUUUUCUCUCUUUUAAUAAUUGGUUUUUCUGUUUGUUUAUGUCUGAAUGUAUAUGCUCAAUUUAUAGUGAAGAAGUUGUUCCAGAUUCCAUUAACUCCAAAACCUUUAUAUA